AGAAUGUACCCCAGGAAAUUAUGGCUCAAAUGAACCUACUUUAUGAUCAUUUAUCACAGACUUUAUAUUUUCCAUUAAUGUCAUUUUGCAAUUUAAUUGUAGGGUAUAAGUGUUUAUCUACAGUGUCUUGUGUGGAAAAAACUGUUCCUGCCAUCGGUGCUAGUGGUAUUAUCCUUUAUAAAUCAAAAACUUAUAAUUCAAAUGAAACUGCUAUUAUAGUACCUAAUUUAGAAGAUCUCUUGGUAAUAGCUGCAAAUAAAGCUGCUAAUUUAAUUAUAUGUUUUCCUUAUGGAAUAAAAAAUCUACCUCAGGAAGUAUUGCCAUGUUUAGAGUCAUAUAACAAAUUUAUUUUAUGGUUUGGAAAUGAUGAACCAGAUUGGGAUAGUGCAAGACAUGUUGCAAAAAAACUUGAUAAUAAAAGAUGUCUUUUUAUAAGACCAACUGACCUACAACCUCGACCUAAAAUUGCAUCUGAUUUAGGAUAUAAUUUAAAAGAAAUUAUUCGAAAUGCUCAACCAAUUUGGCAUAAAAGUAUAACGACUUUUAGAAGUUUGAGACAAGAUAUUUUGAGUGAUUUACAAAAUAUAGAUAAAGUACAAGGAGUCAAAUGGAUAAGGUAUCCAGCAUUAAAUAAAAUUUUAAAGGGUCAUAGAAGAGGAGAAUUUACAGUACUUACAGGCCCCACAGGAUCUGGAAAAACAACAUUUAUGAGUGAAUAUUCUUUGGACUUGGCAAUACAAGGUGUUAAUACUCUUUGGGGAAGUUUUGAAAUAAAAAAUUCUAGAUUAGCAAGAACUAUGCUUCAACAAAUGAUUGGUGUACCAUUAGAUGAAAAUUUAGAAAAAUUUAACGUAUAUGCUGAUGAAUUUGAGAAACUUCCUAUUUUUUUUAUGACUUUUCAUGGCCAACAAAGUAUUAAACUUGUAAUGGAGGCAGUUGAACAUGCUACUUACAUGCACGAUAUCGCUCACGUAAUUAUUGAUAAUGUUCAGUUUAUGAUGGGAACAUUGGAUGAAUCAAAAUUUACAGACAGAUUUUGGAAACAAGAUCAGAUUAUUUCAGCAUUCAGAACAUUUGCGACAAAAUUUAAUUGCCAUGUUUCAUUAGUAAUUCAUCCUAGAAAAGAAAAAGAAGAUGGAGAAUUAACAACUUCUUCUAUUUUUGGAGGAGUGAAAGCAAGUCAGGAAGCUGAUAACAUUCUAAUUGUUCAAGAUAAAAGACUAACAAAUAUUCAUGGAAAAAAAUAUUUACAACCAAGAAUCGUUAUAGUGGUGAUCUUGGAAUUAUGA